AGUGUAUCUUUAAUGGAUAAUGCAGUAUUAUGAUAUAUCUCAUUUGAGAAGAAUUCUGAGAACAUCAUAUAUAUUUACAUGUUUUGCAAGUUAUGAAUUUUAUAACCAGUUAAAAAAAACUACGAUUACAAUUUUUUACAGAAUACAUGGAUUUGUAUAGAGAAAAAAUUUCAUGGAACUCCACCCGAAGUCCCUCCGGAGGCCACUGCCGGUCCCAAGCCCGGAUAAAGGAGGAGAGUUGGGCAUGGGUUUAGCGACCCCAUCCCGUAGAAAACUAACUCGCUAAAAAGUGCUAACCAGAAAAAAUUAUUCAAACCUUUUAAACUCUGCCCUGGGAGUCAGAAGAUCUUCAUUUUAAAAAGUUUUGACGCCUCAUGAUGAAAGCCGAGUUCCUUCGGAAGUCACGAGGCCGAUGCCCCUUCUGACAACCAGAGCAACCAUUUAUUUAGGUACAUGGAAUACUCGUACAAUGUGGGACACCGGGAGAGUCUUCCAAAUUUCUGCAGAAAUAAGGAGAUACAACCUGGAGGUGCUUGGGAUCAGUGAAACACACUGGACGCAAGUUGGACAACAACGACCAGCUUCAGGAGAGCUUCUGCUAUACUCCGGCCAUGAUGAAGGAAAUGCCCCCCACACACAAGGAGUUGCAUUGAUGCUGUCCAAACGAGCACAAAAUGCACUUAUGGGAUGGGAAUCUCAUGGACCAAGGAUCAUCAAAGCCUCCUUCAAAACAAAGAAAGAGGGCAUUUCAAUGAACAUCAUCCAAUGCUAUGCGCCUACCAACGACUACAAUGAAGAAGCUAAAGAUCAAUUCUAUGAUAGGCUGCAGUCAAGCAUCGAGAAGUGCCCAAUAAAGGACCUGACCAUUCUGAUGGAAGAUUUCAACGCCAAGGUUGGAACGGACAACACUGGAUAUGAAGACACUAUGGGACGACACGGACUGGGAGAAAGGAACGAAAAUGGUGAGAGAUUUGCAAACCUACGUGCCUUCAAUAAGCUGGUCAUAGGCGGCACCAUAUUCCCACAUAAACGCAUACACAAAAACACAUGGACUUCACCGGAUCACUCUGCACAAAACCAAAUCGACCAUAUCUGCAUCAACAAAAAGUAAGACGUGAGAACCAAGAGAGGAGCUGAUAUAGCAUCAGAUCAUCACUUACUGGUCGCCAAGAUGAAAUUGAAACUCAAGAAGCACUGGACAACGGGGCAGACAGUAUCACAAAAGUUCAAUACGGCCUUUCUCCAGGAUACUAACAAACUCAACAAAUUCAAGAUAGUCCUCAGCAACAAGUUCCAGGCCUUUCAUGAUCUACUCAAUGGAGAAGGAACUACUGUGGAGAGCAACUGGAAGGGGAUCAAAGAGGCAAUCACUUCAACAUGUCAUGAGGUCCUGGGUCACAAGAAGCACCACCACAAGGAAUGGAUCACUGUUGAUACACUGGAUAAGAUUCAAGAAAGAAGAAACAAGAAGGCAGCAAUCAAUACCAGCCUAACAAGAGCAGAAAAAGCCAAGGCACAAGCUGAAUACACGGGAAUAAACAAACAAGUGAAGAGGAGCAUCAGAACCGACAAACGUAAAUAUGUGGAAGAUUUAGCAACGACGGCGGAAAAGGCUGAAGAGAAGGAAACAUGAGACAAUUGUAUGACACUACAAAGAAACUCUCUGGAAAUCGCCGCAAACCAGAACGAC